AAAACCCACAGGACCUAUUUAUCUGGUUCAACUGCAUAUAGUUUAAACAGAGGGUCAAACAAAAGGCUUGCCAUUUUGCCCAGAAGACAGGUCUAAGAUCUGCCUUAAGAUUACAGCACAUCUGCAGGAGGAAGAACACUUUUCCCCAGGUGCCUUAAGUCAUCCUGAGCAAAAGGAAUACCAACACCAAAGAUGCACCAAGGAAUGACAACCACAACCGCUGAGAGUGAAUAACCUGAGAUUCAGGACGAGGAGGCAUCCUGGUUCUAUUUUCUGUGCAUGCCAAGAUUUGACGUCUAGUUAACCCAGCUGGGGCUAGGAGCCCAAACAGCGCAAGAAAAGCAAACUCAACUCGGGCAAAGAAUGUUUUGUCCUACCUCAGAUUUAGCCCUCAGGUGAUCAAGCACUGCAUGCUUUUAAUUUUACUAGCUAGGGAUAUUUUUUUUUAACUGUCCAGAGAACAAACGUGUCUGAAUAUUGAGCAUGACACAAAAUGUCAUGAACGCUUAAAGUUGCGGGUCCUUCAGCUCACGGACGAAGAUGCGAAGGGAAGGAGGCUGUUUAGUCGGACCCGUGUGGCUGCGCCGAGCCAGUGCCGCGCUCCCCGCAGCCGUCGGGACCGGCACAGCCGCCUCGCUCUCUCCGCGCACCGCUGGCCCCACCGAGCGCCUAUGGGCAUCUGCAGCCGGCCGGGGCUUCGCACCACCGGCACCAGCGGCAGAGGGCGGCGACCGCCACCGCGCUUCAUCGCCCCUUGGGAUCUAUAGCCGGCGGACGGAGCGCGCUGCGGACCCUUCCCCGCCUCCGUGCAGGAUGGUUUGGAAAUUUGCCUUGUCCGUUUUUCUGAUGGCAGCGCUGGUUCGAGUAACGGACGCCAGGAAAAACCGCCCUGCAGGUGCCAUUCCCUCCCCGUACAAAGGCAGCAGCAGCAACCACUCGGAGCGGAGGCAGCAGCUCAACAAGGAGGUGUUGGCCUCCAGCCAGGAGGCCCUCGUGGUCACCGAGAGGAAGUACCUCAAGAGCGACUGGUGCAAGACGCAGCCGCUGCGGCAGACUGUCAGCGAGGAGGGCUGCAUCAGCCGCACCAUCAUCAACCGCUUCUGCUACGGGCAGUGCAACUCCUUCUACAUCCCGCGGCACGUCAAGAAGGAGGAGGAGUCCUUCCAGUCCUGUGCUUUCUGCAAGCCACACAAGGUCACCUCUUCGACGGUGCAGCUGGAGUGCCCCGAGCUGGACCCGCCAUUCCGACUCAAGAAAAUUCAGAAGGUCAAGCAGUGCCGGUGCAUGUCUGUGAAUCUGAACAGUUCAGGCAAACUGUGAGAACAGGCAUGUAGCUGCUGCUUGGUGUUGCCUCCAUCGGCUUUACUACAUCGGCUGCCUCUCCUCUCCCACUGAGCAGACUGUCCAUUUUGUUGGUUUGUUUCUUCUUUUCAUUUUUUUUUUUUUGGUGUUUUGUUUUCUUUCAGGAGGCAUCUCUCCAGCAAGGAAAGACUCCUUGUCACUCGCCUACUGGAAUAAUGCUUUUUAACCGGCUGUGUUAGGCACUUCACCACAAAGUUUCAUUAUAUUUUAAAUAUCAUCUGGCAGUUGAAUCUUCUGGAGUGGAGCAGACUCACAGAAGUUGGGAUUGAUCAUCUAAGUGACCAGUUGGCUGAAUCCAGCAUUAAAUGUUUCCACUGUGUGGAGUAAAGCCCUCUGCCUUACACUCCAGUUACCUCCACAAGUUGAGAACGCCUUCCCCAUGCUUUGGUCUGGAGCUUGCUUCUCUCACUUGGAAAUGCUGGGGUGCUGCCCAGGACUGGGGGACACAGAUGAGGGAGUAAUGUGUGAAAAGCAAGUGAGACUUUCUGAUGAGGCUCCUCUCCUUAAGACGGCUUCAAUUGUGCAAUGACAAAUGGCUCUGGGUUUGUUGUCUGAACAGCAGAUCAGAAGCAAGGGGAAGAGGGUGAGGCGCUGGGUGAGCCACGAUGACCACAGAGCAGACUGAGGGUGGGUUCUGAUGCUGUUGUGGUUAGAGUAUAUUGAACACAUGGCCUCUGCAGCAGUGUUUAUUUUGUAACCUAGCUAUAGUAAACAGCUGUUUAAAGUAUUAUAGGCCUAGCCAUGUAUAUUUUUCUUGUGGCAGAGUAUGCCAGCGAUUAAAAUAUGUUAAGAGUCUCGGUUGCUAGGUCGGCUGCCUGGCUUAAAAUGGACAUGGUUUUAUUAUGCUUUUGGUAGGUUCCUGUGUGCUAGAUACAUGUGUGUGUUUCUUACUCCAAAAAGGACAACAUCCAUUUAUGACCUUAUAUUUAUGCCUGCUCAAACCAGGGGAGGUGGAAGGGUCGUGGGAGCGAUCACUUAGGGGAGUGAUGUGUCUCCAAAGGUAUAAAAGCACUGUCGCGCAAAGGACAAAGUUUGGUCAUUGCUGGACUGAAUACAAAAGCUACAUAAGUGUCAUCAAGUUUUGGGAGUGGUGUCUCUCCCAUGAUUGUAAACCAUGUUAAAUGUGUUAGUGUUAAAGGACAAACGCCUCAGUCAGUGCUGCUGGAAUAGGUCACUGGAAUGGGAGAGAGUGAGUUGUAAUUGCUACGCUAUUGGUGGUCUGCUCAGUUUUUGAGACCUGCGCAAUAAGUGUUGGUGAACACUUGCAAUUCAUUUUAAAUCAUACUAUGUUGUUAUUCAGUUGAUGGAGUUUAACAUGUCCUGUAUACCCCAUUUGUUACAGUUCUGAUCUGUAUUAGUCCCAGCUGCAUUAAAAUCCUGUCUCAAACCAGCCCCUUCCCCCAAACCAAAGCCAGCGCGCACGCAGUUGUCUGAAGCUUACAAAUUAAAAAUGACACGCUGGCUCCCUGAGCAUGUCUCACAGUUCCGCAUCUGCAGCCUGCUGCUGGAGCCCCUCCCCACCAGGCUCUUUGCAUGCAGCCACUUCAAGGGGUUAAUGUGUUCAGCACUGUCGCCAGCCGGGGCUCCAGAGCCACAGGUCUCCAUUAUGUGACACAGGGCUCCCUAAGAGGCUUUCAGGACUGAUCUCCACAAGAGCUCCAAGCGGUUUACAGGGACUGCGUGGGCAGGGUGAGGUUGGUCGGGUCUGGCAGUCCUGUUAGAUGAACAGACGGCACUUUUCUGCUGUAACCUUCCAGCGUCAGAAAUGCACAGGGAGACUCCUUGCCAGGGAGUGCUUUAGGGGCUAUUGCUGCUGCCCUGCCACAUCAUGCCAGCCCUAGGAUGGGCACAAUUCAGACUAGCCUUGAGAGUGUGGGUGGGGUGCAGAGGGGGAAGGUGGCAAUAUAGACUGCUGAGACUCUGUGAAUGUCAAUCUUCACUUGAAAGGAAUGAACUGAAAGUCAGACAUCUUGGACCGGAGAGAGAAAAGCACCCUAGUAAAAUCACUUAAGAAAAACAUGCAAGAAUCUUUACCUUUAAGCUAUGCCCUGCCUGGGUUUAUCACCAGUUUGCAAUAUGAAUAUGCUGCAGCUUAAAGCUCCUUCUAGGGGCUGUGUUUAUGUAAAAACUGAGUUGAGCUUAUAAUGGUUAAAACUGUAUUUAAUUCUUGUUUUAUAAAUGAAAACAAAAAAUUAAGAAAUGCUUUAAGUAUAAUGUAAUUAUUUUAUAGGUCAACUAUUAAAUUAUAGAUUAAAUAAUAAAGCUGCUCUAGGGUUAUAUGGCA